UUUGGGCAUGUGCACAACAGCAAAAUGCCUUUAUAAAGGAGCAUCUGACAUGGAUCAGUCACAUCCGUCGCUAUGAGGGUGCUCGUGCUUGCCUUGGCUGUGGCCCUCGUGGCUGCCAAUCAAGUCAAAGUUGCUCCAGAGUUUGCUGUUGGAAAGACAUAUAGCUACAACUAUGAAGCAAUUCUUUUGGGCGGACUUCCCGAGGAGGGUUUGGCUCGUGCAGGAUCCAAAAUAAGGACCAAAGUUCUCAUCAGUCCAUUGAGCGCUAACAAUUUCAUAUUGAAGCUCCUGGAUCCAGAGCUCUUUGAGUACAGCGGUAUCUGGCCUAAGGAUGAUUUCAUUCCAGCCAACAAGCUCACCUCGGCUCUGUCAGCUCAACUCAUGACACCGCUCAAGUUUGAGUACGCUAAUGGCGUCGUAGGAAAAAUCUUUGCCCCGGCUGGCGUCUCUGCCUCUGUGCUGAACAUUGUGAGGGGAAUCCUCAACAUGCUCCAAAUGAACAUCAAGAAGACGACAAACGUCUACGAGCUUCAGGAGCCCGGCGUACAAGGCGUGUGCAAGACCCAUUACGUGAUCACCGAGGAUGCCAAGGCCGAGCGAUUCUUUUUGACCAAGACCAAGGACCUGGAGCACUGCCAGGAGAGAAUUAUCAAGGAUAUCGGCACGGCUUACACUGAGAAAUGUCCUGAGUGUAAAACGAGAGGCAAAGCCUUGACGGGAACUGCAGCAUACGACUAUGUCAUGAAACCAUCAGAAACAGGUGCUCUGAUCCUGGAGGUGUCCUCGGUUGAGCUGAUUCACUUCUCUCCCAUGAACUUCCUGAACGGUGCUGCCCAGAUGGAGGCUAAGCAAUGGUUGAAAUUCGUGGAGAUCCAGAAAUCUCCGGUGGAGCCCAUCAAAGCCGAAUAUCUCCAACGCGGUAGCCUGCAGUAUGAGUUUGGCAGUGAGCUGCUUCAGACACCCAUCCAGCUUCUGAGGAUUACCAAUGCUGAGGCUCAGAUUGUUGAGAUUCUGAACCACCUGGUGAGCAACAAUGUGGCCAAAGUCCAUGAAGAUGCACCUCUGAAGUUCAUCGAGCUCAUCCAGCUGUUGCGUUUGGCCAAGUACGAGAGUAUCGAGGCCCUCUGGUCCCAGUUCAAAUCGCGUACGGCUCAUAGAGAAUGGAUCCUGAAUACUAUCCCUGCCAUUGGGACUCAUGUUGCACUGAGGUUCAUCAAGGAAAAAUUCAUUGCUGGUGAGAUUACCUUUGCUGAAGCAACUCGGUCUUUGGUGGCAGCCGUCCACACGGUGACUGCUGACACGGAGGCCCUCAGACUCCUCCAGGAGUUUGCUGAGCACCAAAAGGUUAUGGAAAGUCCGGUUUUGAGAGAAGUUGCUGAUUUGGGUUAUGGCAGCCUGGUUUGGAAAUACUGCGUGGAGAACCCGAAUUGCCCAGUGGAUUUGGUCAGGCCUCUCCACGACUGGACUAACAAGGCUGUUUCCAAGGGGGAUGUUAAAGAAAUCAUUCUCACUCUCAAAGUUCUGGGCAAUGCAGGACAUCCUAGCAGCCUCAAGCCAAUCUUGAAGGUCUUACCGAACUUUGGGAGCGCCGCUGCUAAUCUGCCACUGGAAGUUCACAUCGAAGGUGUUCUGGCCCUGAGGAAUAUUGCAAAGAGAGAGCCAAAAAUGGUCCAGGAUGUUGCCGUUCAGCUGUUCAUGGAUAGAGCUCUUAACCCAGAGCUCCGUAUGGUCGCCGCCAUUGUUCUGUUUGAGACCAAACUACCCAUGGGUCUGGUGACUACGCUUGCCGACGCACUCUUGAAAGAAGAAAACCUCCAAGUUUCCAGCUUGGUCUACUCUUACAUGAAGGCAAUGACAAGAUCCACCACUCCCGAUUUUGCCUCUGUUGCUGCAGCCUGCAAUGUUGCUGUGAGAAUCCUCAGCCCCAAACUUAACAGAUUGAGCUAUCGCUAUAGCAGAGCUCUCCUUGUUGAUGGCUAUUACAACCCCUGGAUGGUUGGUGCUGCUGCCAGUGCCUUCUAUGUGAACGACGCUGCAACAGUUUUGCCAAGAUCCAUCCUGGCCAAAACUCGCUCCUAUUUGGCAGGAGCUUAUGCUGAUGUCAUUGAGAUUGGAGUGAGAACUGAGGGAAUCCAGGAAGCCCUUCUGAAGGUCCAAGAUCUUCCUGACGACAUGGAUAGGAUCACCAAGAUGAAAAGAGUUCUCAAGGCUAUUUCUGAAUGGAGGUCCCAGCCUUCAAAGAAGCCCCUUGUCUCGGCACAUGUGAAGUUCUUCGGACAGGAGAUUGCCUUUGCCAACAUUGACAAACCAUUCAUUGAUCAGAUAACCGCGCUUGUCACCGGACCUGAAGUUCAGGCUUACGGAAGGAGGGCUUUGGAUGAGGUGCUGGCUGGUGUGAAAUUUAACUAUGCUCAGCCACUGCUGGUUGCUGAGGUUCGUCGCAUCCUGCCCACUACUGUCGGUCUGCCAAUGGAACUCAGUUUCUAUACUUCUUCUGUGAUGAAUGCCGCCGUUGAACUCCAAGCCACUGUGUCACCACCUAUAGGUCAGGACUUCCGUCCUGCCCAACUUCUUAAAUCUGACAUCAGCAUGAAGGCUGCAUUUACUCCGAGUGUUUCCAUGCAUACUUAUGCAGUCAUGGGUGUGAAUACGCCCAUGGCCCAAGCAGUCGUGGUUUCAAGAGCCAAAGUUCACACUAUUGUCCCAGCAAAAAUGGAAGCAAGACUUGACAUGAUCAAGGGCAACUUCAAGUUGGACUUCCUUCCUGUUCCAGGAGUCAAUAAGAUUGCAUCUGUACUUAUUGACACUUAUGCCGUUGCACGAAAUGUGGAAGAUCUUGCCGCUGCUAAGAUAACCCCAAUGAUUCCAGCCGACUAUUCACCACAGUCCCUAAAGAGCUCAUCCUGGUAUCCCUGGAUGGCGUCCUCCAUGAAUGAUGGCAAGUCAGUGCCAUCUGAGCUUGUCAUAGACCCAUCUGGCAAAACGAACAAACUCAUUAAGGUCUUUGAGAAAACGCUGUGUGAAAAAAUGGAAACCUUUGGAAUCAAGGCAUGCGUUGUGAUGGAAUCUCGCAGUGCGGCUUCCAUCCGAGACGUUCCACUGUAUUAUGCCGUUGGGAAACAUUCAGCUUUUGUUGAGGUUACACCAGUUUCUGGACCAGAAAUCGAGAAGGUUGAAAUUGAGAUUCAGGUUGGAGAAAAAGCAGCAGAAAAAAUCAUCAAAGUCAUUGAAAUGAGUCAAGAUGACGAGACCCCUGAGGACAGGAAUGUCCUGUUGAAACUGAAGAAGAUCCUGUCUCCUGGUCUGAAGAACCUCACUUCCUCCAGCUCCAGCAGCUCCCGUUCUUCCAGCUCUGUCUCCAGCCGCUCAAGCUCUAGCUCAUCCAAGAGCUCUUCAAGUUCCUCUCGAAGAACGAGCAAGGUGGCUGACACUCUUGACCCCAAUUCCAAGACAUCCAGGUUACAGAGAGCCUCUAGAAAAUCCUCCAGCAGCAGCAGAUCCAGCAAAUCCUCCAGCAGCAGAUCCAGUAGCAGCAGCAGCAGCCGUAGCAGCAGCAGCAGCAGCAGCAGGAGCAGCAGCAGCAGCAGCAGCAGCAGCUCUCGGUCCAAGUCUAAGUCAAAGCAUCAUCGUUACAACAUGGAUUUCAUCAAGACCCACAUCCACAACCAUGCACCUUCUUCAACUCGUCAGGACAGCAAGAGCAGUGCCCAGAGUUUUGAGGACAUCUACAAUAAGGCUAAGUACCUCUCUCGUACCGUCACCCCAUCUGUGACCGUCCUCAUCCGUGCCGUGAGAGCCGACCACAAGGAACAAGGAUACCAGAUUGCAGCUUACUUCGACAAAGCAACUUCCAGACUGCAGAUCAUCUUUGUCAACCUGGCUGAGAAGAACAACUGGAGAAUCUGUGCUGAUGGUGUGAAGCUGAGCAACCACAAGCUGAUGGCCAAGAUUGCCUGGGGUAUUGAGUGCAAACAAUACAAGACCGAGUUCAAGGUUGAGGCCGGCAUUGUUGACCAACAGCCAGCUUUACGUAUGAAGCUGACUUGGCAGAAACUUCCGAGCAGCGUGAAGUACUAUGCAAAGCACCUAAUGUACAGGGUGUCCGAUUACGUUGCAAGAUACGCUCUUCAGACUGGAAUUGAACAGAAUAAGGACAGGAAUCCUUCAAAUGAGGUUAAACUGACCGUGGCGGUUGUUUCAGAGCAAAGCCUGAACAUUGUCCUCAAAACACCAUCGAGGACUAUCUACAAAGAAGACAUGCCUCUCCCUAUUUCUCUGCCCAUUGGAAAAACUGCAUCAGAGCUGCAGCUGUACCAGGACAGCUGGGUUGACAGCAUCGCGUACAUGGUCAACAAGGCCAAUGCAGCUGAGUGCAAAGUCAUCAAGGACACAGUGGUCACGUUCAACAACAGGAAGUUCAAGGCAGAGCUGCCUAACUCCUGCUCCCUGGUUUUGGCUCAGGAUAGCACCAACGAGGCUAAAUUCAUUGUUCUGCUGAAGAGAGACCAAGAACAUGAUCAGAACAUGCUCAUUGUGAAGAUCGCAGAUAUUGAUGUGGAGCUGUAUCAAAAGGACCGUGUUGCCAUGGUGAGGGUUAACAAAGAAGAAAUCCCUGUCAGUAGACUGCCAUACCAUCAUCCAACAGCCGACAUUCAGAUCAGACAGAGCGAUGAGGGCAUCUCUCUCAGCGCCCAAAGUCAAGGUCUUCAAGAAGUCUAUUUUGACGUCAACGUCCAGAAGGUUAGAGUUGUGGACUGGAUGAGAGGACAGAUGGCUGGAAUCUGCGGAAAGGCCGAUGGGGAGAUCAGACAGGAGUUCCGCACACCUAAUACUCGCUUGGCCAAGAACGCAGUCAGCUAUGCUCAUUCCUGGGUUCUGCCUUCGAAGAGCUGCCGGGACAACUCAGAGUGUUACAUGACGCUUGAGUCAGUGAAGCUGGAGAAGCAGAUGGUCGUCCACGGCCAAGAGUCUAAGUGCUACUCUGUAGAGCCUGUGCUCCGUUGCUUGGCUGGUUGCAUGCCGCUGAGAACCACCACCGUUUCCAUUGGCUUCCACUGCCUGCCUGCUGAUACCCGUAUGAACCGUGCUGAUGGCAUUUUCUCAAAGAGCGUGGACCUGAGAGAAACAACCGAAGCCCACUUAGCCUGCCGUUGCACCCCUCAGUGUGCUUAAUCAGUCCAAUGUUUAUUACCAUCAAUACCACUACUUCCAAUCAUAAUAAAGUGUAAACUUUUAAACACGCA